AUGGAUCACUUUCGCGAUGUGCCACCAAGAGUCAGCAAAUUUUCGUUGAACUUUUCGAUUGAUGGACUUCCACUGCACAAGAGCACUCGAAAACAGUUUUGGCCCAUAUUAAUGAGCAUUCAAGAAAUGCCGGAAGUUCCAGUAUUGAUGGUUGGCAACUUUUUUGGUGAAUCGAAACCAAAGAGUGUUGAGGAAUAUCUGCGUCCGCUUGUCGACGAGCUAAAUGGGUUGAUGGAUAAUGGCAUUGUAAUAGCCAAUAAGCCAAUCGAAAUACACGUAAGAGCUUUCAUCGCGGACUCACCAGCACGAGCAUUCAUAAAAGGUUCAGUUUACUUCAACCACACACAUGGUUGCCAAAAAUGUACGGUACAAGGAAAAUAUCACAGCGCACACCGAGUUACAUGUUUCCCGGGAAUGGAUCAUCCAGCAAGAACGCAUGAAGAUUUCGUCCAAUCAAAUUACGGAGCACAUCAUCGGGAAAAAACGCCUCUCAUGGAUCUUAAGAACUUUGACAUCAUAAAGCAGAUUAUUAUAGCAGAUCGUUUGCACCUCUUUGACUACGGCGUAACAAGAACAAUGCUGAAAGGAUGGAAAUCAGGCAAAUUAGGAGGGGGUGCCAAGUGGUCUGAAGAAACAAUAAGCAAGAUUGAUGCUUUGCUGAAGGAGGUGGAACUUCCUUUAGAGUUUCAUCGCAAACUCCGUUCUGUUGAAGACAUUGGAUUGUGGAAAGCUAGUGAGUUCCAAAUGUUUCUGCAUUACGCGAGCUUUAUCGUUUUGAAGGAUGUAUUAACAGAUGUACAGUAUGACCAUUUUAUGAAGUAUUACUGUGCGGUAACAUUGUUAUCAUCCGAAGUGUAUAAGAAUGAUUGGCUUGAGGCGAAACGCUUGUUAAGAGAGUUCGUUUUAGAAUAUGGUGUUAUCUACGGCGAACAUUGCAUCACCAGCAACAUACAUAGUUUGUUGCAUGUGUAUGAUGAUGUAGACACAUUCGGCCCGCUUUACACCAUUUCAUCUUAUCCCUUUGAGAGUAAGCUCCAGCAUGUCAAGAACUGUCUUCGAAACGGUCAUAAGGUUUUGGUGCAGGCUGCAAAUAGGAUAUCGGAGCAAAACCCACAUACUGCGUCAUCAAGUACAGCAAAUCUCUCUUUUCCAUUUUUGAAAACCAAAACUAAUGGAGUAGCAUUGCACAUUAAUCGACAAUUAAUUCUUUCUCCUGGUAUUCAGUCCUAUUGGUUUUUGACUCAUGAUAACUACAUAGUUAAAUAUUGUAGCGCAGAACAAAAAUAUUCAACUAUAAUAAUUAAUGGGAUAACAUUCAAUUAUAUAACGGAAACCCACUCGUACUAUAUUUCACCUUUUAUGAAGGAUAUAUAUGAAGAAAAUAUAAGUAACCUUCGUACCGAUGAAAUGGUAUUUUUACCCAGGGAUAUAAAGUGUAAAUUAGUAGCUAUUAAAACUACUGAUAACUGCUUAGUGUUAGUACCCUUUCUCAGGACGUUAACCGAAUAA